ACACUGUAUAAGUCAUCAAGGCGGGUGUGGAUCGCUGCUGGUUUUUAUUUAAUUUCUUCGAAUAUUUGAGUUCCCGAGUUAGUUUUAUUUACCUUUCUGUUGAUUAAUACAAUGUGUGUGGCCUGCUGAUCACCAAGAACAUAUCGAUUUUAUUAACGAGCACAGCCAAGCAGCAAUGAUGUGGCACUUGCUGCGCGCCCUGCUCGUUGUAGCCGCCAUUUUGGAUGCACUGCAGCCGGCGGUUGGUCAGAGCGAUACCUACUACAACCCAAACCCGAAUCAGCAGAAUCCCCAGCAACCGCCCAACCAACAGUGGGGCAUCAAUCCCCAACCGAAUCAAUAUGGCAACAACAACCAAAAUAAUGGUCAAACGAAUCCCAACGAUCGCCCGCCGUACAGGACGGAUUCUGGGAGCUUCAACGAUCUUACCGGGCAGGAUGCAUACGGUAAACGAGUGGAAGGAGGUUAUCAGGACAACGAGGAGCCGAGUUUGACCCGAGGAAAGUCUUCUUAUAAUAUCAAGGCCACCUUCCUGGAGUCGCUGCAUUCGAGGGAACCCACCUACUUCAUCGUAGCUUCCCGAAUGGUCAGGCCAGGCUUGAUCUACCAAGUGUCCGUGUCCAUUCUCCAAGCUCAAUACCCGAUUACCGUUCAUGCCAGCAUCGCCUGCGAUGGUGUCCAAAUCAGCGGCGACUCCAAAGAUGUAAAAGAGGGCGUGCCCGAGACAUUGCUUAUGAGGAUCCCACCCACCAGUGUUACUGGAAGCUAUAAACUUAGAGUAGAGGGAUUCUACCAAAAUGUUUUUGGAGGCCUGGCUUUCCUCAACGAAACACGACUGGACUUUUCACAGCGAUCCAUGACAAUAUUUGUGCAGACCGAUAAGCCACUUUACAUGCAAGGAGAAACUGUGAGAUUCAGGACCAUUCCCAUUACUACCGAACUCAAGGGAUUUGACAAUCCCGUGGAUGUGUACAUGCUGGAUCCAAACAGGCACAUUCUGAAGCGUUGGCUUUCGCGUCAAUCGAACUUGGGUUCCGUUUCUCUGGAGUACAAGCUGUCAGAUCAACCCAGCUUUGGCGAGUGGACCAUCCGUGUGAUUGCCCAGGGACAACAGGAGGAGAGUCACUUCACCGUGGAGGAAUAUUACCAGACUCGCUUCGAAGUGAAUGUUACCAUGCCAGCCUACUUCUUUACCACCGAUCAGUUUAUUUACGGAAGGGUGAUGGCCAACUUUACCAGCGGUCUGCCAGUAAGAGGUAAUCUUACUAUCAAGGCUACGAUCCGGCCAAUUGGAUACUUUAGCAACCAGGUGCUCAAUGAGAAGUACCGCCUGGGCCGGUCGCCUUUGGAGCAGACUAACCGAUACAAUGAGCGAUGGCGAUACAAUAAUCCCAACCAGAAUCCUCAAGUCCAGUAUAAUGUGCCCGGACAGCUGCCCCAGGAUGGAGCGGAUCUCUCGCAAGAUAUCUUGUACAGGAAUCAGUAUGUGGUGGAGCGACACUACCAGUUUGAAGAGGAAUGGCCCUUCUGGGUGAAGAAACGCGAGUACCAGGACAGCUAUUACUCAUGGAGUGGAGGAUAUCGGAAUACUCUGCCCUUCCUUCGCUACUUUAAUGGAACCUUUGAUUUCAAGUGGCCUUUGCGUGAGCUGGAGCUCCUCGUGCCUAAUUUGGCGAACUCGGAAGUGCUGAUAACGGCCACUGUCGGUGAAAAGUUCUACGAUGAGAGCAUCAGUGGUUACUCCGUUGCCAGGGUGUAUAACUCCAGUUUGCGAGUGGUAUUCCUAGGAGAAUCCCCUCAGGUUUUUAAGCCCGCCAUGCCGUUCACAACUUAUCUGGCGGUAGAGUACCAUGAUAGCUCGCCAAUCGAUCCGAAUGUACUGCGCCAGGGCUUGAUGGAGGUCACUGGCUUUGUGGAGAGUCGCAGUGGCGGACGCAGGGAUUGGCCCGCUCAGAGAUUACAGAUGUCCCAGCAGAGCGAUGGCAUCUGGGAGGUUAAGAUUGAUAUCAGGAAUGAUCUAAAUCUGGACGACCGUCCACAAUCAAGGGAAUUCUUGAACGGCAUCCAUAACAUGCGGUUGCAGGCUCACUUUGUGGAUCCGCGGGGUGAACGCGUCCAAACGGAGCUGCUUUUGGUGUCCCAUUUUUCUCCCAGGAAUCAGCAUAUCAAGGUAACCACCAGCACUGAGCAGCCUGUGGUUGGCGAGUACAUAAUUUUCCACAUUCGUACGAAUUUCUUCCUGGAGGAGUUUAACUAUCUCAUUAUGUCGAAGGGAGUUAUCCUGGUGAAUGAUCGCGAGACCAUCACAGAGGGUAUCAAAACCAUAGCUGUGGUUCUAAGUUCCGAAAUGGCACCUGUGGCUACUAUUGUGGUGUGGAAGAUUAACCAGCAGGGACAGGUUGUGGCAGAUUCCCUCACGUUCCCAGUAAAUGGCAUCUCCCGGAAUAACUUCACCGUAUACAUCAACAAUCGCAAGGCGAGAACUGGCGAGAAAGUGGAGGUGGCUAUCUUUGGAGAACCUGGAUCCUAUGUGGGGCUUUCUGGAAUAGACAGUGCCUUUUACACGAUGCAAGCGGGCAAUGAACUUACCUAUGCCAAGAUCAUCACCAAAAUGUCGAACUUCGACGAGCAGACCAACGGAACUUAUAAGCAUAUCUGGUACUCCCAUGAGGGAAACCCCGAUGAGUUGGUGUACUUCCCCGCUUCGUCUUUUGGCGUGGAUGCGAAUCGAACUUUUGAGUACAGUGGCUUAGUGGUAUUUACCGAUGGUUAUGUGCCCAGGCGGCAGGACACUUGUAAUCGCACUUUGGGCUUCGGGGAAUGCUUGAGUGGACGUUGCUAUCGCCUUGAAAAGCAGUGCGAUGGCUUGUUUGAUUGUGAUGAUGGAACCGACGAGAUCAAUUGUAAUUUGAGGAAUGACACAGAGCUGUUGAACUACAGAAAGUACCGAUUCAAUCGCGUGCUGCGUCAUUACGAGAAUGUGUGGCUCUGGAAGGAUGUUAAUAUUGGACCCCAUGGUCGAUUCAUCUUCAAUGUGGAGGUGCCCGAUCGCCCUGCCUACUGGAUGGUGAGUGCUUUUAGUGUGAGUCCAUCCAAGGGUUUCGGAAUGAUUAACAAGGCUUUGGAGUACGUUGGAGUUCAGCCCUUCUUCAUCAACGUGGAAAUGCCGGAGGCAUGCCGACAGGGAGAGCAGGUUGGCAUCCGUGUCACAGUGUUUAACUAUAUGACCACUCCGAUCGAGGCGAUUGUUGUGUUGCACGGCAGUCCGGACUACAAGUUUGUGCACGUAGAGGAGGAUGGCAUUGUAAGGUCCUAUAACCCUAGAACCAGCUUCGGUGAGCACCAGUUCUUCAUCUACUUGGAGGCCCAAGGCACAACGGUGGUGUAUGUUCCAGUGGUCCCUCAGCGUCUGGGCAAUGUUGAUGUGACCCUGCACGUGGCUACUUUGCUGGGAACAGAUACCAUUACCAGAACGUUGCAUGUAGAGUCUGACGGUCUGCCACAGUACCGUCAUCAAUCCUUGCUUUUGGAUCUCUCGAACCGCGCCUACGUCUUGGAGUACAUGCAUGUAAAUGUAACACAAACUCCGGAGAUUCCCUACCAAGUGGAUCGUUACUUUGUUUACGGCUCGAACAAGGCUAGGAUAUCGGUAGUGGGCGAUGUGGUCGGUCCCAUUUUCCCCACCAUGCCUGUGAAUGCCAGCUCCCUGCUUUACCUGCCCAUGGAGUCGGGCGAACAGAAUGCAUUCAGCUUUGCCGCCAAUCUCUACACGAUUAUGUACAUGCGAUUGAUCAAUCAACGCAACAAAACUAUGGAAAAGAAUGCUUUCUAUCACAUGAAUAUUGGGUAUCAGCGCCAGUUGAGUUUUAUGCGGCCCGAUGGCAGUUUCUCACUCUUCCGCUCCGAUUGGAACAACUCCGAUUCGUCCGUUUGGUUGACCAGCUACUGCCUGAGGGUGUUCCAGGAGGCCAGCUUCUACGAGUGGGAGAACUUCAUUUGGAUCGAUGCCGCCAUUGUGGAGAAGAACAUGCGUUGGCUUUUGCAGCAUCAGACGCCCCAGGGCUCCUUCUACGAGGUUACUUGGCUACCUGACAGAAAGAUGAAUCGCACCAACUUUGACAAGAACAUCACGCUCACUUCACAUGUCCUCAUUACUCUGGCCACUGUAAAGGAUAUCUCCGGCACUUUGGGAUCUCGAGUUGCUUUGGCCACCCAAAGGGCGUUGUCUUAUAUAGAGAGAAAUAUGGACUACCUGAGACGCGUGGCGCAACCAUAUGAUGUGGCCAUUACAGCCUACGCCCUUCAGCUUUGCAACUCUCCCAUAGCCGAGGAGGUAUUUACCAUUCUGCGACGCCAUGCCAGGACCAUAGGAGAUUUUAUGUACUGGGGCAUCCAGGAGAUACCGCAACCCCCGCGUAAAUUGGAGAAUCAAAAGUGGUUCUCCCUGCCCCGCCUGCCUUACGAAUAUGAUUCCCUAAACAUAGAAACCACCGCCUACGCGUUGUUGGUCUAUGUCGCGCGACGUGAGUUCCUCGUGGAUCCCAUUGUUAGGUGGCUCAACUCGCAGCGCUUAAACGACGGCGGAUGGGCAUCCACUCAGGAUACCAGUGCAGCACUCAAGGCCCUUGUCGAGUACACAGUUCGAUCGAGGUUGCGCGAGGUGUCUUCGCUGACCGUGGAGAUCGAGGCCUCUUCGCAGGGCGGUAAAACGCAAACCCUUCUCAUAGAUGACACAAAUCUGGCGAAGCUUCAGAGUAUCGAGAUUCCAGAUGCCUGGGGUACAAUCAAGGUUCAAGCAAAGGGCGCUGGUUAUGCUAUCCUGCAGAUGCACGUGCAGUAUAAUGUGGAUAUUGAGAAGUUCCAGACCAAGCCGCCAGUGCCAGCCUUUGGACUCCACACGAAGGCGAUCUUCCACGGCAGGAAUCAGUCGCAUAUUUCCUACGUGGCCUGUCAAAACUGGAUAAAUGUCAACGAGUCGCAGCGCUCGGGCAUGGCUGUUUUGGAUGUGGCUAUACCCACGGGCUAUUGGAUACAGCAGCAAAAGUUGGACAGCUAUGUACUCAGCAAUCGCGUCAGGAAUCUGAGAAGAGCUCGUUAUCUGGAACGCAAGAUUGUCUUUUACUUUGACUACCUUGAUAAAGAAGAUAUCUGUGUAAACUUCACCAUAGAACGCUGGUAUCCAGUGGCCAAUAUGUCGCGCUAUCUGCCGGUGCGGGUUUACGACUACUAUGCACCGGAACGCUUCAAUGAAUCGAUUUUCGAUGCCCUGCCCACAUAUCUGCUGAACAUCUGCGAAGUGUGCGGCAGCUCACAGUGUCCGUACUGCUCCAUUUACAACAUGGGCUGGCGCGCAUCCAUGUCCAUGUCUCUGCUCUUCUUCAGCGUGUUUAUAUACCUGCUGCGGAGUCGUACGCACCUGGUCCUAAACAUGAUGCAACUGCUCACAUAGGGAAGAAUGAAAAGUAUACACAAAGUCACCCCCGAAGAUUUGUAGUGUUUUUGUUCAAUUAUGCGUUUACUUUUUAGUUUUUGUUUUGAGUUGUAGUUUUUUUUGUUUUCCAACGAAAUUGCAUUCCGUCCAAAAAUGCUGGUCAACAUUUUGGUUUUAUUUUUAGUUUUUUCUCUGUAGACCCGCUGUAGAAUCGAAUGUACAAAACAGCAGUUAAUCGUAAAUUAAUUUUUAUUUUUAUUGCUGAACAAAGAAUCUUCUGCUGCACGCAAAGCAGACCACAUGUAGCCACCUAAUGUAUCUUGUAAGUCGUAACGAACCAUACUAUGCCUUAUCAUAGAGCGGGCCCCAAGUGCGGAAUGAAAAAUCAAUCAAUGUGUCUUUCACAAAAUGCCUUUAAUAGAUUUUAGAAAUCAUUAGCAAAUGUAUCUUGACAAAAUGUUUGCAUACAUAUCGAAUGGAAAUUUAUCUAAUUUGUAUUACAAAACUCUUGAAUAUUUUUAAACAAAAUUAAGCGAAAAACGUUGAAGAAACCGUCCAAUUAAUUUAUGCAAAUAAUUAAUCUGCAUAGUUUGUAAGUUUUAUACUACUUAUAUACCACCCACAUAAACCACAAUUAGUUUGUAAAUUCUACACACAAAUCUCACAUAGCCAUGUACAUGAAGCUAAAUAAGCGUGGAAGAAGAAGGAAAUACCCCCGUCUGUAUACAACUUUGAUGAGUGCCUCCCUACCCGUAAGAAUCGAAUCUCUAUAUGAAGUAACAUGUGUUUUCUUUUGUAAUAAAUGAAGCCAGAAAAUAAAUGAAAGUAAUGUA